ACAACUACACAAACCGGAAGUGAGCAGAGACUGGUGCAGACAGUUCAUGGGUGGAACUUCAACUUGUAAGAAAGUACGUUCAUUGAUGAGAAAAAAUACUGCGGAAAAGGCCCUCUAAGAUGUGGACAUAGCUUGGAGACAGAAGAACUCCCGUGAGACACACCCAGAGUUGCAGACAUGGGAACACUUCAGAAGUUCCUGGUGGUUUUUGGGAUCUGCUGUGGAGUCUGGAGCAUCGUUAGGGAGAACCAGACGGCUCAUGAGCAGAGAAGAGAAUUGGUGGACUGGCUCAAGCAGCGGCAGCUGGACAAGUACAGCCAGGUCCUCCUGGAGAUGGAAAUCACUUCCCCCGUGCAGUUUGCAGAAAUGGACUACCUGCCGCAGCAUGCCGUCUUCAGGAAGCUGAAAAGCCACGUGCAGCUGCAGCUGUCACAGGCGUCGCAGCAGCUGAAGGAAUACCUCAUUUUACGGGAGUGGCUACAAGAGAAAGGACUAGACCACCACCUACAGCGAUUGUAUACUGAAGGAGUUGGAAGCUUAGAUCAGGCAUCAGCACAUGUGGUGGACAGACACGCCCAGCGGAGUGGUACUGGCGAUGGUGCCGAAGUGUUGGAUGACUUUACCAAGCUCCAGAACGUCCUCAAGUCCCUGUCCCAGCAGCAGCUGGAGGGGCAGAAGAGACGUCUGUGGGAGAGAGUGUCUGCCAGGCACGCACGCACCACGUGGAACGUCGGUGGAAUGGUAGUAUUUGCCACCAGCGUGGCCCUGGUGUACACCUGGGUUUCCAGUAACUAUGAGUACCUUACGGAGCACCCCCCUCCCGCACGUGGGCGUGCCCGGCUCUAUGAGUACAUCACAGGUAGCUUCCUGGACCCUGCCAGGUGCUAUGUGAAGUGGGGAUGGAAAGAACCACAGGCCGUCGGAGAGACUCUACAGUUUACCAUCCAGUUCUACCAGAGGAAUGGCAUGGCGUACCCCAUCUCCGACCACGAGAACGUUCUGGUGGAGAUUCUGCAGGGUUCUGCCCAGGUCUCGGCCUACGUGGAGGUGGGAAGUACAGAGAGCCUGAAGGCACACACUGCCCGGGUCACGUUCACCGUCCGUAGGGCUGGCACCUACAGAAUAGCAGUCAUGCUGGGGGCAGGGAUCCACAUAUCCGGCAGCCCAUUUAGGAAGGACUUUGUGCCUGGCCCAGUGGUGGCAGAGAAGACAGGGUUUGUACACCACAGCUCCACGGUGGUCCUGACAGAGGGAGAGUUCUUCCCGCUUGUCGUCCAGCCACGUGACCAGUACGAGAACAUCUGCUACCAGACCAUUGAGCUCAACCAUGGCAGUGGCUACAAUCUCCAAAUCACCCCAGUUGGCAACAGAGACUCAGCUACUGACCCCAUCAAACAAAAGCUGUCAGUCAUAUCAGACGAUCAGACCAAACAAAUUGUGAUGUACCUCAAACUGGACACUCUGGGCUCGUACAAAGCUGUGGGCACCUACAAGGGCAGCAGGUUAAAGAAUGGCGAAUUCAACAUACUGGUUUUGUCAAAGACUGAUUCAUCCACAGUACAAAAGAAUGUUGCUAAGAAGAGUUUAAAUGUUUGGUAUGAGGCAUACCUACUGCUGGCGGGGGAGGGAAAAAAAGCAAAGAAGGUGUACUGUUAUAUUUCACCAAAGCAAUUAACAGUUCGAGAAUUCAUUCUAAGGAUCAUUCCCAGAAGGCUGUACACUUUCAGAGUGUGCCCCUCCACCAAGUUCACAUUCAGUGGCCUACAGAACAGCCAUGAGUUCCCUUCCUUCACCGUGGAUGACGGCUGCCAGCCACCUGUACACUUAGCCUGUAAGGACAGGAACGUGCUCGCAGCUACAUUCUCACAGUUCCUCCUCAAAAAUAUCGGCGGUUCAGAGACUUUCAGUGACAAGCAGGAGUUUUUCUACCGUGAAGUUCGCAAGUCUCACUGUAAAAAGGCCACCUGGUCUUCCAACGUCAUGGUCAAGGUCAACAGGCGGGACCUGCUGGAUAGUUCCAUGAAGGCAACAAAGCACUUCUCAUCCUCAGACUGGGGGAAGACAUUUGUUGUGUCCUUUGAUGGGGAGGAAGGUCUGGACUGGGGAGGUUUGAGCAGGGAGUGGUUCCAGCUGGUAACGGAGGCCCUGUUCCACCCCAGCACACGUCUCUUCAGGAGGUUCAAGGAUGAUAAUCAGGGACUGGUGCAUCCCAACCCUGACCGUCCCGCUGCUGUCACCAAGCCCAAGUACUAUGAGUUUGCCGGGAAGGUUGUGGGGAAGUGCCUGUUUGAGUCGGCCAAGGGAGGAACCACCAGGCAGCUGGUGAAGGCCAGGUUUUCCAGGUCCUUCCUGGCACAGCUCAUCGGACUCAGGGUCACCUACAAGCACUUUGCAGCAGAUGACCCUGAGUUCUACAAGACCAAAGUGCAGUAUAUAGAGACUAACGAUGUAGAGGACAUGGAGCUGAACUUUACUGAAGAGGUUUAUGAUGUCAUGGGGAAACUAGUCAAGACUGCAGAGCUUGUCCCUGGUGGAGCCCACAUGCCCGUCACAAAUGACAACAAGCUGCGGUACCUGGACAGUCUGGCACAGUACCGGCUCGCAGCUACAGUACAGGAGGAGCUGGAAUACUUCCUAAAAGGUCUGAAUGAGCUCAUCCCAGACAACCUCCUCAGCAUUUUUGAUGAAAAUGAACUUGAGCUGCUGAUAUGUGGGACUGGAGACUACAGCAUAGCAGACUUCAAACAGCACUGUGAGAUCCAGGGAGGAGCAUGGGGCUUUGAGAAGGUACUGGACUGGUUUUGGACUAUAGUGGCAAGCUUUACGCAGGAGGAGAUGGCCAGGUUACUCCAGUUCACCACAGGCAGCUCCCAGCUGCCACCAGGAGGGUUUGCUGAGCUCAACCCUCGCUUCCAGAUCUGUUCUGUCCCCCUCAGGGGCAUGCUGCCCACUGCACAUACCUGUUUUAACCAGUUGUGCCUGCCAGACUACGACUCUUGUGAGCAGCUCCACAAGAUGUUAAUCCUGGCCAUCACCGAGGGAUCUCAGGGCUUCGGCAUGGCCUAAUUCCCUACAGGUCCUGAAAUACUUUUUACAAACACUGAGUUCUUCUAGCCUGGAUGCCAGCCAUUCUAGCUCUAGUUCACUUGUUUGGUCACAUGUCAGCCAAAAAGUCUGGGCCCACACAUAUUCUACCCAUCUGUCGUUUGAAUAUUUUUAACAAGCAGUUGAUUGGCCAGCCAAACCUGAGUGCCUCUAUGGUGUCAUCCAAUCAGCAGUGGCCCUGCCCAGAGUACAAUGGUUGAAUCAACUUGUCACACACCAUCAUCACCAGACAGAUAGAAUAUGUGCAGGCCCAGUUAUUUUGGCAUUCAAGCAGCCAAGAGAUAAAGCUAAAAAUGCUAGGAUCCAGGCUUGAGUCCUUACAAAAACCAGAAAAUCAUGUCAUGCUAAAGUUGUACCAUAAUCAGAAUAGUCCUUUCAAUUGAUAAUCUGGCAGUCAAGUUUAAUGUUAAAUAUUUUCACCAGGAAAAAUGACUGAAGAGAGACACAUGUACAGAUAUGAGUAAUAAAUGUAUACUGAUUGUUGACAAAUUUCCAGAAAUCUCCACACUUACGAACAAGAUGAAAUUAAGAAUGCAAAGAAAUGUGAAAUAAUGCAGUGCCCAUAUACUUAAGGAGUGUAAUGUGGAAAAUAUUUCAAUUCGUAAAUGAACUAGAGAUUACUCAUGUUAAAAGAUAUAAAUACCUUGCAGUAAGACAGACUUUGACAAACAGCAUGUAAUCGAAUUGUACUAUUGUAUCCCUGUUUACUUUCAUGCCCUAUAGGUACUUGUAAAGAGUAAUUAUUUUAUAUAAUAUGGGAUAGGUUUUUUCAAAGACAAUUCAGCAAAGGAAACAGCCAAGUGUGCCAGGUAGUUGACAUACAUGUAUUUUGUCUUUUGUACUAGAGCACAAAGUUGCCUUACACUUUAAUAUGUCCAUUUGUAUGCAUAAGUUUCCCUUCUUUUUUUCUAAACAGAUGCCAAAUGCCUUGGUGUAGGCUCUUACUGUUGCAAUAUUUGUGUAUAAAAAGUGUCCUUCAGGUGAUGUGUUCCAUGACUUGUGCAAUUGUUAUACGCACAGCCUGAUUCAAGAACUUCACUGGCAGCUAGCAUUUCCGCGCAAGGGCCCGGUCACUUUCAUCGUAUGGUACCAUAGAAAACUGAAGACAUUCUUGCAUGCAAAAUUCAGGGUACGGAAAAUGAUGCAUUAGAUCCUUGUUGGCAGUUGUUUCUGUCACAGCCUGCUUGAAAAUUUUACGAUAUAUACAUCAUGAACAAUGAAUGUGACCAGUUUGUUACACACUCAGUAUGUCGGCCAUCAUAGCAUUGCACAUCUUCAAGGUUUAGUUACGAGUGGAUUUUAUAUCUUCAAGCACCAGCAAAAUAUCUUUAUCCUGACUAUCAACAUGAUAAAACAAUAGUCUACUUGUGUUUCUGCAUUCUACAUAUUGCUGGUGCUAAAACAUCCCUGUACAUGUGUCAUAUAUUAUUGUUACCUCAAAUCCUACCAUGGAGACAAUAGAUUGUUUUUCUUAAAGAAUUUUGAAACGAAAAUUUACCAAUGGAUACUUAUUCUAACAAUGUACAAAUGGAGAUACCAUGCUGUGCUGUUGUGAUGUGAAAUGUCUGUGACAUAUGUAUCAUAUGUAUGGUAUACUGGUAUGUCUUUGAUGAUCUGUUUGUUCAUUGGUCAUCAAGUGACAGGAAAGAAGACUUGGACCUGUUAUAAGGCCCUUAGCUGGGCCAAGCACACUGGGUCAAACUCUUACUCUUAAUAUGUGUGUUUGGUUCUUUAGCAUUGGUGGCAAUGGGUCAGAUAGUGCUUAUGUCAUUUUAAGAUAUUACCAAGUACAUGUAUGUAGGUUUCAUUGAAUGUAUGAAAAUAAAGGUGCAAUUUUUAUGCUUCUGUUC